AUGAUCAGCAGGAGGAAGGACGACCAGUCAACGGGAACCAGACCACCCAGCCCCCAGUGUUUCAACUGUGGGGUUCCCUCCCAUCGACGACAGCAGUGCCCGAAACCGGCAAUCGUCGUCUGCUUCCGUUGCGGCCGAAAGGGUAAUACGACGAGGACUUGCCCCCAGUGCGGCGACCAGUGGAGGGCCGAGGGGCCGUACAUACCAGCCCUCGGACGGAACGUCCCUAGGGACCAGCUCACGGCUCAGCAGCCCAAGCCUCCCGCAGAGGAGGGCAGGAAGAAGAAAGGCAGACGCGCCCCCAGGGCGCAACGCCCACUCGACACGAGGGCUAGAGCAGGACCACCCCCGUCACCACCUGAGCGACACUGGGAUUAUCAGACCACCACGCACUAG